AUGACUUCGAAAGAAUUCAACGAGGAGUCUGGCAGUAAGGGUGACCUAUCUGUCAACUUUUCCACUAUCACUCCCAAAAAUCCAAAAUCCGCCUUACGUAAAGUUGCCAGAGUACAAUUAACCUCUGGAUUUGAAAUCGCUAUUUAUAUACCUAGUAUUGACCAUAAUGUACAAGAACAUUCUGUAGUCUUAAUAAGAGGAGGAAGGAUUACGUAUUUACACAACUUUUAUGUUAUUUAUGACAUCUUUUUCAUUCUUUUAUGUUCUAAAAUAUAA